CAGCCGAGCGGCGCGCCUCGGCGCGGCGGGGGAGCCAACAGGCGCCUGCGUAGUCUUGUCCAGCGCAGGGAGCUCGACGAUGCGCUCCGCCUCGUCGAGUCCAUAUACGGCGGAGGGAAGUGCCCCGCCGUCGUCCCCUGCAAUAUCCUCAUCAAGCGGCUCUGCGCCGGUGGCCGCGUCGCGGACGCGGAGCGCGUGCUCGCGGCGCUUGGGCCCUCCGCCACCAUAAUCACCUACAACACCAUGGUGAACGGGUACUGCCGGGCCGGCUCAUCGACGCCAUGCCGUUCGCGCCGGUCGGAUCGAGGACGCGCGCCGGCUCAUCGACGCCAUGCCGUUCGCGCCGGACACGUUCACGUUCAACCCGCUCAUCCGCGCGCUCUGUGUCCGUGGGCGCGUCCCCGAAGCCCUUGCGGUGUUCGACGAUAUGAUCCACUGGGGAUGCUCCCCGAGCGUUGUCACCUACAGCAUCCUCCUGGACGCCACCUGCAAGGCGAGCGGCUACAAGCAGGCCAUGGCGCUCCUCGACGAGAUGCGCGCCAAGUGCUGCGAGCCGGACAUCGUCACGUACAAUGUCCUCAUCAAUGCCAUGUGCAAUGAGGGCAAUGUUGGUGAAGCUCUCAAGAUCUUGAGCAGCUUGCCGUAGCAUGGAUGCAAACCUGAUGCUGUCACCUAUACACCGGUGCUAAACAGUUUGUGCAGCUCUGAGCGGUGGAAGGAGGCUGAGGAGCUCCUGGCCGAGAUGGCCAGCAACAAAUGUGCCCCAGAUGAAGUGACAUUCAACACGAUAAUCACUUCUUUGUGUUAGCAAGGGCUGGUUGAUCGCGCAAUUAAAGUUGUUGAUCGAAUGUCAGAGCACGGAUGCAUCCCAGAUGUUGUCACAUACAGUACUACUCUUGAUGGUUUGUGCAAUGGAAGGCAUGUCGACGACGCAAUUGAAUUGUUAAGCAGACAGCAAUCCUAUGGGUGCAAGCCUG